GCCGGGCCUGGGCCGUGGGGUCUCGCAGCGGGCGGUGUUCCCCCGGGGCUGGGCCUGAGGCCAUGGGGGCACGGCCGCGAUAACCGGCGUUUCCUUCCCAUGCGGCCGGAGGGCUCUGAAGGGAGGCGCUACCGCUAGCUGCCCGCGUUCCCUUGCCCGGGUGACGGCGGCUCUCCGUUUCCCUUCAGCGCAGUCCCCGGGCCGGGGGGCGGAGACUCUGUUUGGUCACGGAGCGGUAGAAUAGGCACCACGGGCGCGUUUAAGGCGAUGAGACCACUAGAGGGCACCAGGCACUGGUGAAAAUCUUGGUGGGACUUGAAAGUUCUCUGGAGCCUGGCGGUAGGGAGCACCUGAAGUGCCGUGUGAUUCCUGGCUGGGUAUGUGGGUCCAGAGGUUUGGUGGUACUGUGAGCACAUGAGUAGCGUGAGAGGACUCUUGGCUGCCUCUGUAACUUCUGUCCAGAACUCCUGCUUUAUCUAUCCUGCCUGUAAAGCAUGCUUUUCUAGGCUGAUACUGGAUUCCAGAAGGUUUAAUUGUCUAAAAUGUGGCUACACAGGUGAAGCUAAAGAUGCAAGCUACAGAUAUAGAUUGUCCCUAAAGAUUGCUGACACUAAUGAUUUGUUUGACAUUACUGUGUUUGGAAGUUGCUUAGAUCCAUUCUUCGGGGUCACCGCAGAAAAUCUGCAGAGGUGUAUUCAAGACUUCAAUCAGCUGUCAGGAGAAACACACAGAGAUGCAUCUCCAGGAGAGUUAGUUCAAGCAGUAGAAACCUGUUUCAUUGGAAAAAGGUUUAUAUUUGGAGUGAAGGGUUGUUCAAGGGAAGAUGGAGGGCAUUCUGCUGCCAGCAGCGUCUUGCAAAACUGUUCCAGAAUUAAUAGAAGUACAAAAACCCUUACAGCUUGCCAGAUCUUCCUGCCAAAUACUGCUGUUACUGGCUUUACUGUUAUCAGCUACUUCCAUCGGCUCCUGCAGUCAUCAAAAUUCAGGAGCCAUAAUAACAGCUCAUACUUACCUGAUGCAUCUUCAGCUCCAGUAGAUGAACCUAUCAGUGAGCUCAGCAGCUUGUCUAGCCUGAGCAGAAACUCCUGUUUUGUUCAGUCUAGUGGCAGAGAAAGUUUUUUAGGGUCCUGGCAGCAGUCCUUCAGCCUGACUUCAUCUGUUGCUUGGGUAACAGCGGAAGACUUUCCCACUCUGGAAGUGGGAAAGCUGGUGAGUGAACAGCAUAAACAAGAGGGGAAGUCUGUGUCUGCAGAAUUGUGCACUGUAAGCCACAACAAUCAAACCCUUUGGGAUUCACAGUAUUGCAGCCCUUCUGUGAAGGAAGGGAAUAAGGAGAGUAAUGAAUUGAGUUCACAGCCUAGUCAGACUGACAGUACCUCUGAUAAAUUAGAGAGACUGUCCUCUUCAAAGACUGAGUGUUUACAUGGAAACAGUUCCAGGUUGUUACAACAUCCCCUGGAAUCUGCAGUAAAAAGCAUUUAUGCAAAGAUUAAUAAUAGAAAUUAUUCUUACCUACAAAAAUCCCACAACUCUCUUUUUUACAACAGAGAUGUCUCGGCGUCUAAUCCUGUAAAUGUAGCUGGAGUGUCUCAGACAGAUUCUGUCCUUUGGGAUGAGCUCCCGUUCUCAGAAAGCUUAAAUGAAUUUUUAGCCAAAAUAGAAGAUGGCAAGAGUGUUGUAACAUCACCCAGCCUUGAUGCAGGCAAACGGGCCCUUGUUGCAAGUAGCCAGCUGGGUGUAAAUAUUAACAAAUCCUAUCCCAGGCAAACCUUAGUAGCUGGUGAUUUACCUGAAGAAAGUGUCUUGGGGAGGUUCAUGCCACCAGCAGGGAAUGAUAGUUGGCAGAACAUACUUGCUUGUCUUCACUCAGAGGAUUUUGAUUUGACUGAUAAGGUGUCACAAUGUGAGCCUUCCUCUAGUGUUUUAUCUUCAUCUGACAAGGAAUGUGGAGCAUCUUGCUUUAUACCUAACGUUCAUCUACCUGUUCUGUCACAGUCUUUGCCAGUUACAUCAGAGCCUUCUGUUUCGGAGAGCGGGUAUGUGCAGCCCAAAUCAGCAAAUAUUGACAUUUCAAAGUUGUCUUGGUCUUUUAUUAGUCUGCAGUAUACUGCUGAACAUGGAGAGACUUGUUUAAAAAGGAGCAAGUCAGCUACCCGUGUGCAUUCUGCACAUGAUAGUUGUUUAGCUGGUUGUGAAAAUAAAGAAAACUAUUCUUCUACACCAAGCCUAAGAACAGAUCUUACAUUGACAGAGGCGUGGGACUCUGAUCCAGCAACUCCCAGCAAUACAAGAAGGAUAUAUAAAAGAGAAUUAAAACCACUGACAGAGCUGUCAGAAAAUACCUUCAAAAGUGUUAAUGGGGGAGAGAUGCUGUGGAACAGGAUCUUCCCUGAAGGCAGCUACAAUGCUUCUGCUGAUCUCUUUGAUGCAAGUGCAAGAGCGGUAGCAAAACCUGUAGAAUUCUCAAAUAAAUCAUGUCAUUCCUUAAUACAGGAAGAUACUUUGACAGAAAAGGUCACAGCUCCUGAAUUCAUGCUUUAUCCUGGAGAUGUUCCCAGUAAUGGUUCAAAACUGAGCUCAUCCCUGCACAGGUCACCUCCUGCUUUUAGUACGCACGGUACACCAGUAACUUUCUCCUUUUGUGAUUCAGAAUGCAAUUCAGUUAGUGCUCGAGACUUUGUUCCCUAUUCUCAGUCGACUCCUAUGACAAAACCUUUCCAGAAACUCUGGCCUGUUGGGGAAAAAAACUCUUUUGUCACUAUCUUCACCCCUAAAAAUCCCACUAAAAUCCAUUCCAAAUGCAAGCGAUCUAGGUCUUCCUUUCAAAACACUCUGUUGCAGCAGCUUACUGGCAGGUUAGGGAAACGUGAAAGGCCAAGUAACAGGGAAGACAAAGGAAGUAAUAGCGCUAUUUCACAGCAGUUCCUUAACUUUGAGGAGUGGAUCCCCCCAUCUGCAAACAAAAGACUGAAACCAACUGCAGCUUUAAAAACAGUUAGCUGGGCUACUGACUUGCAGUCGACCUGUGGGCACACUGGCAGGAACCCUAUUUCUGAAAGGAAAGAGGGGAACAGUGAAAAUGAUGUGUACUUCCAAAAUGAGACACUAAACCCUGGGGAUACAGCCAGGAUUCUGACAACUCCUGUAUCUGCACGUGUCCCUGAGGCGUUGUUUUUAAAUGAUACAGUCCUAGAAACUUGUUCCCCUUCAGAAGGCAAGAAUCUCUGCUCAAGUGCGUAUUCAGGGAGUGUAUUGGAAGGGGCAACUGGCUGGUCUCCUGAGUUGUUCUUCCAGGCACGGACCCCUUUUUCCAGUAAGUCGAAGUACUGAAAAAAAAAAGUUAUUUCUAUGCUGUGUUCUCUUUAAUUACAUUUAAGACUUUUGGGAAAGAGCCAGUAGAUGGAAAGAGCUAUUUAACAAUUAGAUUUUUUUUAUAUAUACCUAUUGGCAUAUGUCUUCCUAAGAUGAGUUAUGUUUAUUUGCAGAUCUUUGUACCACAGAGAUGGGGGAAAAGAAUUUGCAGAUACUAUAUUUUAUUGUAAAUUAACUCCAGAAUGUGCAAUAAAAACUUGUGUAAA